AGAUGUGAAAGAUGAGGCAGAAAGUUGAUGGAGGUUCACAGCUCAUACAAAAGACACCCAGCGCUCCUGGGGAGACUUUAUCAGAAAUAAACGUUGACCCGAUGGCUUUCAAAAUAAACCAGAGCAGUGUAGUGCGUCUCCCCCUGGUCUCUGACAAUCAGAGGCUUAUAUGGGUGCACUCCAAUGAGGUAAACCUACAGCCGGAUGGUGCAGAAGAGCUGGGAAAAGCCUUGGACCAGUUUCCAUACCUGACGCAGAAACAGACAGCUACACUGGCACUGUGCUGCUCCCUGCACCCAGACCAGGUGAGGGUGUGGUUCAUGGUACAGCGGCUCCGCUAUGGCAUCAGCUGUGAAUUUAGAGACAUCAGCAAGGUCCGGAGGCAGUUCAAGUAAAUGGGGGAGGCAGAGCUGCAAAACAGGAAGGAGGAACAGAAAAAGGAUGGAGAAGAAAAUAAGGAAUGUAAAACACCUGAUGGGAAGAAGGGAGAAGAGGUUAGGGACGAACAGGUAGCGAGUGAGGGAAGGAUAAGGGUUGGAAAUGCGAAGGCUGAUGAACCAUUGGAGAGAGAAAUGACGCAGGAGCAGCGAAUGAAGAAAGACCAGGAUGGAGAAGUAGAAGAAAAGUCUCGGAAGAAGCGGAAAAGGAAGAAGGUGACAGACGAAGUGGAAAUUUAAAAAACGACGCAAGGGGUAGAGUAUAUUGUGGAGAGCAAAAGAAGCACACAUAGUGAGUGUCAGAAGCCCACUCAGUUGGAGAUAACUCUUUUUACCAGACGAAAGAACAAGCCAAAAGCAAACACGUAUGUCCCUAAAAGUGGGGUACCCAAUGAGACACAGUAUGGAAUGCCCCUGCUCAUCCCCUUGGUUCAAACUCAGGCCUUCAACAUGCCUCCUCUCCCUGACAACCAGACAGGACCACUGAAAAAAGAUGACACAACUCCUUCUACCUCAAAUAUAAAAAAAACGUAGAAAAGCCACUGUGAGGAGGAGUCAGAAACGCAGACGCAAACAGAGUCAACAAUCACCAGCGGCGUCGAUGAUAAACUGAAGAUCAUGUUGCUCGAUAAUCGAAACACAUGCACACUUCCCACUCAUGUGGAACUCAAAACAGAGACAAAGACGCAGACUCAGUUGAAGAGGAUGAAGGAGGCUUUCACCGAGUGCCAGUAUCCAGACAUUGAGGAAUACAACAGGCUGGCUCUGUUGGUCGGAAUCCCGUGCUACAAGUUGAUUCAGUGGUACAGAGGCAUAUGCCCACCCGCCCAUCACCCAGUUUUGGUUGGGAUUUGGGGGCCACAGUGCUCCUAG